AUGGAGACUCUCCAUGAUUUCAUUUUGGAAAAUAAGUCUGCAACAUAUGAAAUGAACACAAAUGCACCUGAUAUUUAUGGAAUGGCGAAAUGCCAUAACGAUCUUUCUCAAGAUGAAUGUAAUCUCUGUUUUGACGAAGCUAAAAAUAAGCUCACAAAAUGUAUUCCUGCCCCUGGUGGCUCUGUUUACUUAGACGGUUGUUUUCUCAGAUAUGAAAAUUAUAAUUUUUUCAAUGAGAGCAUAGAGAAGAAUUUGUCUAUUUAUGUUUGUGGUUCUCCCACGGAUAUAACGAAUGAUCAGUACAUGAAGAGAGAUUUUGCAGCAAGAGUUGAUCGUGCCAUCGAGAAUGUGACAAGCAUGUCGAUAGUGAAUGGUGGAUUCGGGGCAACGAUUGUGAAAAGUGGAUUGCUUGCUAUUUAUGCAUUAGGACAAUGUUGGGAUUAUUUGCAACCCGAAAUAUGCACCAAGUGUUUGAAUAAUGCUGGAGAUAUGCUAAGGAAAUGUUUGCCUGCUGCUGAGGGAAAAGCCAUGAAUGCUGGUUGCUAUUUGAGAUACUCUUCUAAUAAAUUUUUCGAUGAUGGAGCACUAGUCCUUGCUGAUAAAGGACCAAAAAAGUGUAAGAAUGUAUGGAUAAUAGCAGCGAUUGUAUUAUCGUCAAUCUUGGGAGUAUUUGCUAUUUUAGGAGCUCUUUUAGGCUAUAGAAGAUAUUCUCAGGAUAAAGGAGGAACAAACAGGAUUCAUAAGAUUCCACUGGCUCUUGAGACGUCGAAACUAAAUUUCAAGUAUGAAAUGCUAGAAAAAGCAACAGGAGGCUUUGAUCCUUUAAACAAGUUAGGCCAAGGUGGAUCUGGUUCAGUAUAUAAAGGGAUUCUUCCUGAUGGCAAAAAUAUUGCUGUGAAAAGAUUAUUGUACAAUACGCGUCAAUGGGCAGAGGAGUUCUUCAAUGAAGUCAAUUUGAUCAGUGGUAUUCAGCACAAAAAUGUUGUGAAACUAUUGGGAUGUAGCAUAGAAGGACCAGAGAGUCUUCUGGUUUUCGUUCAUGUAUCUAACAGGAACCUUGAUCAAGUGCUUUUCGAUAAGAACAAGCGUCAAUUUUUAAGCUGGAAGGAGCGCUUUGAAAUUAUAUUGGGAAUAGCAGAAGGACUAGCAUAUCUUCAUGAAGGAAGCAAAGCAAAAAUCAUCCACAGAGAUAUUAAAAACAGUAACAUUCUGGUUGAUGAUGAACUCGUCCCAAAAAUUGCUGAUUUUGGACUUGCUCGACGUUUUGCUCCCCAUAAAACUCAUGUCAGCACCGGAGUUGCAGGAACCUUGGGAUAUCUAGCUCCUGAAUAUCUUCUUCAAGGAUGUUUAACAGAGAAAGCAGAUGUUUAUUCCUUUGGAGUAGUGGCAAUAGAGGUUGCAUGUUGUAUAAAGAGCAACGUCUUUGUGAGUGAUAACAGAUCAGUUCUACAAUCUGUGUGGAAAAAUUACAAGUUGAAUAAGAUUACCGAGUCCAUUGACAGCAGGCUGAUGAGUGACUUUCAAGAACAGCAGGCAUCGCGUGUGCUUCAGCUAGGGCUAUUGUGCACACAAACUAGAAGAUUUUCGCGACCAUCUAUGUCUCAAGUGGUAACGAUCCUAAGAAACGAAGAAAUUGAAAUUCCAACACCAAUGCAACCUCCAUUCCAGAACUCAAGUUUACUAGCCCCUCCAGAUACAACAAGUAGUUCGUCCAUAACUAAAGAUAGUUUCUGCUCAGAAUGGUAUUCCACUGACGGAAUUUCUAUUCAUUCUUCUGAGUUUGCUAGCCUAUCUAGCUCUCAAUCAGGUGAUUUUUCAACGACUGAAAACAGUAAACUUUUGAAAAUUUCUUGA